AUGCAAUCAUUAUUGGAUUUAAAGGUGGCUGGAAUAUUUUACGAGACAGACAUUGCACUUACUCUGUUGCAAGCUUCUCAAAUUCUUGGUAAUAAAAGACGUUUUAAACGAAAAAUUGUUACGAAUACCACAAUGAGAUGGGAAACACCUGUAAUCGCUUAUCGUUUUGCUGUAAACGACGACCACUGGGAAGUGCAAAUUCGAAAUGUGUUGGCAAAAUUCAGCCAAAACACCUGCUUACGGUUCAUCGAAAACAUGGAUGCUGAAGAUUAUUUGAUUUUCAACAGAGGUGUAGGCUGUUACUCACCUGUGGGACGACUUGGAGGAGCGCAAGAAAUUUCAAUUGGAUACGGUUGUGAACUGGAUGGUAUAAUAGGCCACGAAGUAGGACAUUCCUUAGGUUUAUGGCAUGAACACUCACGACCAGAGAGAGAUAAUUAUGUGUAUGUUUAUGUGCAGAAUGUUCUUCCCGGAACUCAAGGACAGUUCCAAAAGCUCUCGCGUGAUGAAUCUGUUGACUUGGGUGUGCCAUACGAUUACGGAAGUGUAAUGCACUAUGCAAGCACUACGUUUACCAACUCAGCAGGAAGAAAAACGAUUGUUCCGCGGCAACCUGAAUAUGAGCACACCAUGGGAAACCGUGUCGACGCCAGCUUCCUCGAUUAUAAAAUACUAAACAAGGCAUAUUGCUCCAAUAUCUGUCCUAAUAAUUUACCGUGUCAACAUGGCGGUUAUGUAAACCCAAACGCAUGUGACCGAUGCCUUUGUCCUACAGGGCUGGGUGGUACUUACUGUGAAAAAGUGCAAUAUUCAAGUAAGUUGUAUAUUCUCCACUAA